AUGAACUGGGAUAAGCUCCACCUUCCCAUUCAGCAUGUACACGACGAUAUCAAAGCCGUCGGUGUUUGGAAUAGGUGCGACUUUCAUCUCCGAUCCCCCUCCUGUUACGAAUGUCAUCUUGACAGCCGGGCCCUUUCUCCUUUGCCUCUCAAUAACAUUCAUUGCUCUGGUGGUAAUGUGAUGCUCCUUUAUUCAGCUAUGUUUCUGGUAAAUGGCGCGUUCAAUUAUAAGCAAAGAAUGAUCGCCGUACAUAUAUGCGACGAUGGUUUUCGGAAGCGACAGCGUGACUUUCUUAAGAGCCGAUGGAGAACUUGUCCUCUUGCGCUCCAUUGGAGACAGUUCUUCAUCUUGCAGAUGCUUCUUGAAUUAGUCCUAUAUUAUGUCCAUCCAACAGCCUCAAUUUGCUCUGGGUGUGGGCUGAGAAUGUUUGAUAUUUAUCCAAGGCUGGAGAUCUAUAGCCAUAAGACUGCUGAUGAAUUGUGUACUAAUUUCUCCCGCGGAAGACACCAGCUGAGCUUUGGUGUAUCUCUGUGUCCCUCGAUAGUAUUCGAUCAGUGUGUCCAGACGUUCAAAUGUUUACUCUCUCGUUACCAUUUGAAAGGCAAUCUCUCAUAG